ACAGUGAGAACACGAGUGAUCCAGAACCCUGCAGAAUGAAACACACUGAAGAUCCUGAAGAACAAAGAGACCUGAUGGAGGAGAGCGAGGAGAGUGAAGAACUGAGUGAAGUGGAGGAGGAGAGUGAAGAACUGAGUGAAGUGGAGGAGGAACAUCAUGUCAAACCUGGAGAAAAACCUUUGAGUCGCUCAAAGACUAAAAAUACAAUUUCAAAGAAAAGAAGAGCCAAUAAAUCUACAACCUGCACUCAGUGUGGAAAGAGUUUAUCAAGCAAACAAAGUCUUUAUUAUCACCUCAGACUUCAUACUGGAGAGAGACUGUUCACAUGUGAUCAGUGUGGGAAGAGAUUUAUGAAACCUGAUCAACUUAAAAGACACAUGAAAAUCCACACUGGAGAGAAGCCGUAUGCAUGUGAUAAAUGUGGGAAGGGUUUCACAGAAUCAGCAUACCUUAAAUUACACAUGAGGAUCCACACCGGAGAGAAGCCGUACAUGUGUGAUCAGUGUGAAAAGAGAUUCACACACAAAAGUCAUCUUAAUGUUCACAUGAGCAUCCACACCGGAGAGAAGCCGCAUGAAUGUGAUCAAUGUGGGACAUGCUUCUCACAAAAAGGAAGACUUAAGGAACACAUGAGGAUCCACACUGGAGAGAAGCCGUACCCAUGUGAUCAGUGUGGGAAGAGUUUUUCAUAUAAACGAAGUGUUGUUGUUCACAUGAGAGUUCACACUGGAGAGAAGCCGUACAUGUGUGAUCAGUGUGAAAAGAGAUUCACACACAAAAGUCAUCUUAAUGUUCACAUGAGGAUCCACACCGGAGAGAAGCCGCAUGAAUGUGAUCAAUGUGGGACAUGCUUUACAGACAAAGCAAAACUGAAGAAACACAUGAGGAUCCACACUGGAGAGAAGCCGUACCCAUGUGAUCAGUGUGGGAAGAGUUUUUCAUACAAACGAAGUCUUGAUGUUCACAUGAGAGUUCACACUGGAGAGAAGCCGUUCACCUGCGAUCAGUGCGGGAAGAGCUUCACACAAAAAACUCACCUUAAAGGACACAUGAGGAUCCACACUGGAGAGAAGCCAUACGCAUGUGAUAAAUGUGGGAAGAGAUUCACGGAUUUUGGACACUUUAAGAGUCACAUGAGAAUCCACACUGGAGAAAAGCCGUUUAUGUGUGAUCAGUGUGAAAAGAGAUUCUCAAACAAACAAUAUCUUGAUUAUCACCUGAGAGUUCAUACCGGAGAAAAGCCGUUCACAUGUGAUCAGUGCGGGAAGAGCUUCAUGAAAUCUGAUAAACUUCAAAGACACAUGAAAAUCCACACUGGAGAAAAACCUUACAAGUGUUCACACUGUGACAAGAGAUUCAGUCUGUUGGGAAAUCUGAAAACACAUGAGAGGAUCCACACUGGAGAAAAACCUUACAAGUGUUCACACUGUGACAAGAGAUUCAGUCAGUCAACAGAUCUGAAAAGACAUGAGAGGAUCCACACUGGAGAGAAGCCGCCCACGUGUGAUCAGUGUGGAAAGAGUUUUGCUAUUAAACGCUACCUGGAAAAACACAUGAAGAUCCAUGCAGUAGAGAAACCACUUAAUGGUUUAAAAAAAAGAAUGAAAAAAAACGGAAAACGCGGACGAAAUUGUAGUAUUGUAGUAGAAAGGAGCAUUUUAGAAUGA